UAAGCGUAGAAUAUGUUAAAAGCCCUUUUUAGACUCCUGUAGUUUUGUAAAAGCAUCGCACUUCCGCAAAACCCUUUCACUGAGCAGGAGCUGCAUCUCAGUACAGGUGUGGCGCAGUAACCCGGAAACACGACAGAGCAAAACAACAGCGUGUAAUUAAUAUCAUUCCCUCCAUUUCGGGAUCUUCUUACUGAAGUCAUGGACAAGAGCAUUCAACAGGAUUUUGAGAACCAGUUCAACGAUGUGGUCUCAAGACUACAAUCAAAGCAGAUGUUUCAGUCAGACUGGGACAUUGCCUCCUUUGCAGUUUUCUUCAUCUUUAUAGGCAUGGUCCUCUUGCUGGUUAUCUUGGUCCUCAUCCGCUGCUGUUGCUGCUGCUGCUGCGACGAGAAGCCAAGAAGACAGAAGGUGGGCAUCGACAAUAUGGGAAUGGAGCCGUGAUUUUCCAGAAACAACGGGAACCACUACAUUCAAAUCACCUACAAAAUAUCAAUUAUGUGAAUCUAUUUUUAUAUCACUUUUAUGCCACCUAAUCAUUAUUUAUACUCGGAAAAGGAUCAUUUAUUAGAGGAAGAAUAUAUUUCAGGAAGAUGCUUCCUUAUAGCGAUGUUAAAAACAAAAACCUUUCCCAAUCAUGUAAAAAUGCUGUUAAUAUUUACCCAGGACAUCACCUGAUUGAAGCUGUGUUUGUCCAUUAGAGAUUCCAGAUCCACUUUUUUUUAGUUAAACACAUUAUUGAAGCAUUGUAUAUCAGAUUUCCUGGAUGGAACAAAUGCAGGCCCUCAACAAAGAGCCUUCAGUGACAUUUUCUUGUUUUUGUAGAUUAAUUUGGAAUCUGGCUGUUACUGAUUAUCCCAGCCACUCAGCCAACACCUUUUCCUUGAUUCAGGCAUGUCUAAGACUUGAGUUUUCAGUGUAUUUGUUUUAAAGGCUUGACUUUUAAAUCUGAAAUGUAAACAAUACAGAACCUACACACUUUCUGAAAAGAUUUUAAAAAGUUCACUUUAUUGUUAAAACCUCUCAUUUUUUAGAAGAGGAAAACAGAUUAAGCAAUGUUUUAUUUAUGGAAACUAACUUGGAAGAAUGAGUAUGAAUGUUUGUGUAACAUUUUUACAAUGUACCACACUGUUAUAAAAUUUAGACUUUAUAAGCCAAUAAUAAAUCUAUUUAAAAUAUUUAA